CAUUAAAUGUUUAUUAUCAAUAAAUUAUUGCCUCCAAAUAUAGUUAAUUUCCCCCUUUCCUCACAACCAAAAAAAGGAAAAAUAUGUAAAAAAAAUCUCAAAAUCCAAAAAAAGGCUUUCUUUUCUUCGCACCUUCAGAUCCAUUUCUCUCUUUCCAUUUUUACUUGCAAACCCUAGAUCACUUUAUCUCCGUAGGGUUUUCAGAGUUCCAACCUUUUUUUACUGCAAAGGAACAAGCUUUUUCUUGAAGUUACCUGAACAAAGUGAAGAUUUUUAGUUAGUUUUUUAUUUUUUGUUUUUUAGGCUUUUAUGUAGUUUAGAAUUGUGGGUUUUGAAUCAUUCAAUUGGAUAGGGAGAGUAGAAGAAAAAUUGAGAGUGUAAAAAAACUGUCAUUUUGAAGGGUGGUAUUGAAUUUGUGUUAGUUUGUUUAUCUUGGAAGCUUUUUCGGGGAGUGGAUUUUUUUUUUUUUAGUUUUUUUGUAAAAAUUGUGGUUUUAUUGAGUUUUAUAGAGAAAUGGGCUCUUGUCAUAUGUUCAUUUUGCUUAAAUGUUGUUGAAGAAAUGGGAUUUUGAUUAGACUGGAUAAUUUGCUUUGAAUAUUGGGUUUUAGUAAAGUUUGCAGCUUUGUUGGUUUUUUAGAAAAAUGGGUUCUUCGUUAUUUUUAUUUGGUUGAAUGCUGGUGAGGAAGGGGUUUUUGUUUAAGUUGAAAUUUGAAUGGUUGGGAUUUUAGUUUUUAGUUGAGUUUUUAAGCUUUUGAGUAUGAUGAGAAUGAAUGAGGAGGAUAAUCUUGGAAAAAUAGAAUUCUUGAAGGUAUGAAGGGUAGUUAGUGACUGUAAGAAGAACUGAAUAAGGUUUUGUUGAGGGGUGGUUUUGGUGUAUGAUGGGGUGCAUCUGUUGUAAGCCUUCUGCUAUUGAUGAUAGUAAGGAGAGUCCUAGAGAGAGGCCUUCGAGUAAAGCCUCAUCAGAUGUUAGGGUAUCAAGGGCUACUUCUUCGAGGAGGGAGGAAGUGCAUAGAGCAAAGGAUCGGUAUGAUAACAAUGAAGGGAGAACAAUGUUGAUUGAUAAAAAAGUGAAUGGUUUGGUUAUGGUGAAUGGCGAGAAUUUGGACAGGAAGAGGGAGAAGAUGGAGUAUGUUGUUAGCCAACACCCAGGGAUGGGUAGUGUUCCAAAAGCUACAGAAGGAGAGCAGGUGGCGGCAGGGUGGCCUGCUUGGUUAUCUGCAGUGGCGGGAGAAGCAAUCAAGGGAUGGGUACCGCGGCGUGCAGACUCAUUUGAAAAGCUGGAUAAAAUUGGCCAGGGAACUUAUAGUAACGUUUAUAGGGCUCGUGAUUUAGAUCAGAAAAAAAUUGUUGCUCUGAAGAAAGUAAGAUUUGAUAACCUUGAGCCGGAGAGUGUUCGAUUUAUGGCAAGGGAAAUUCACGUUCUACGUAGACUUGAUCAUCCAAAUGUUAUAAAGCUGGAAGGUCUGGUAACCUCAAGGAUGUCUUGCAGCUUGUACCUUGUUUUUGAGUACAUGGAACAUGAUUUGGCUGGUCUUGCUUCACACCCUGGUCUGAAGUUUUCAGAAUCACAGGUUAAGUGUUACAUGCAGCAACUUUUGUGUGGUCUUGAUCAUUGUCACAGCCGUAGUGUCCUACAUCGUGACAUAAAGGGUUCCAACCUUCUAAUUGACAAUAAUGGCAUCUUGAAGAUUGCAGACUUUGGUCUGGCUAGUUUUUAUGAUCCCCAUCAAAGUCAGCCCUUAACAAGCCGUGUCGUAACUCUUUGGUAUAGACCACCAGAGCUUUUACUUGGAGCCACUUACUAUGGUACUGCUGUGGAUUUAUGGAGUACAGGUUGCAUACUUGCUGAGUUAUAUGCCGGCAAACCUAUUAUGCCUGGAAGAACUGAGGUGGAGCAGUUGCAUAAAAUUUUCAAACUUUGUGGCUCACCUUCUGAAGAUUAUUGGAGAAAAUCAAAGUUGCCUCACGCAACCAUUUUUAAGCCCCAACAACCUUAUAGACGCUGUGUUGCAGAAACAUUUAAGGAAUUUCCAGCGCCAGCUUUAGCACUCAUGGAGACCUUACUUUCCGUUGACCCCACUGAUCGUGGAUCUGCAGCUUCUUCCCUCAAGAGUGAGUUCUUCACAACAAAACCUCUUCCCUGUGAUCCUUCGAGCUUGCCAAAGUAUCCGCCAAGCAAAGAGUUUGAUGCAAAAAUGAGGGAUGAGGAAGCUAGAAGACAAGGAGCAGCAGGAACCAAAGGCCAGAGACCUGAACUUGAUAGGAGAGCAACAAGAGAGUCUCGAGCUGUCCCAGCUCCUGAUGCUAAUGCUGAACUAGUCUUGUCAAUGCAGAAAAGACAUUGUCAAUCCAAUUCUAAGAGCCGGAGUGAGAAGUUUAAUCCUCAUCCUGAAGAAGUUGCCUCAGGCUUUCCUAUAGAUCCACCUAGACCAUCACAAGCAGUAGAGUCAAAUGCGGAUGCACAGGGGUAUCAUCACAAGAGAGCCUCGCAUUCAGGGCCACUGGUUCACCGGGCUGCAUGGGCAAAGUCUGGGAAAAACCUGGAUGAUGCUCCUAAACUUUCAACUGGGGCUGACUUGUCAUUGAUGUCAGGUUUAGUGGCAGCAAGGAGAAGUAGUCUUGUAUCUGAAGAUCGCAGAGAAAGAUCUGGUUCUUCACAAUCAGAAGCUCCAAAAAUAAUUGCAAGAUUUCCUGGGUCUUUUAAAGAGGCCUCAGAAUCCUUCAUCCAACCGGAUCUGAAACAUAAUGUGCAGCAAAAAGAAGAUGGAAGAAGUAACAACAAAGAUCCAGUUCUGCUUGGUUAUGGGUCAAAGGGUCGCAAAAUUCACUAUUCUGGUCCUUUAUUAGUUCCAUCAGGCAACAUGGAUCAGAUGCUCAAGGAUCAUGAUCGCCAAAUUCAAGAAGCGGUUCGGCGAGCACGCCUUGACAAGGCAAAGAUGAGAAAAGUUCAGUUAGAAGGGAACCAAAUAUCAGCCACUUCAUUAUUUGUUUCUGGUCGUUGAGCUAAAUUUUGUAGACAGCAAAUCAAGAUGAGCAUUGUCUAGACGAUCGCUGCAAAAAAAUUUGGCUGCUGAUUCUCCUGUGAAAAAUGAUCCGAGUUGUUGGGUGGAUUUUUUUGGUAUAGUUUGGUGUUUUUAGGAUGGCUUGCGGGCAUAUUUAGCUAAGCUUAUAGCUUAUUGAGAAAUAUCUCUCUGAUUAAUCAUGUGUAUAUCUUUCCACUCGGCAACUGUAAUUUGCUCAGAUAUGGCCCAUUCUUGUAGAGCUUAUUGUUAGUCAAAAGUUAAAUGCAGAGAUCUGAGAUUAUUUCAUGUGAUGAAAGAAGCAAAAUCUAGCUGUGUAGCAUUGCCUUUUGUCAAGAUAAUCGCAGUAGCAUUAAGGUUAACCGAAGGCGAAAUAUAGCUUCGGGGAUGUACCUAUCUUUGUGCCCCCAGCAACUCUUGUCAGCAGCUAUGUAUUUGGCGUAAUAAUGUUCCAGCUCUGUUGUCUUACUAUGUAUUUACACGUAUGUUUCGUAUGAUAUGAUGAUUAGUUCUAUGCUUUUA